AGCACGGGAGUCGCUCGGGGAGGAGGGAUGCAGGGCGGGGGACGCCGAGCGGCUCUUAGCGUCCGCUUGGAGGCCGCGGGGCUCGGUGGCGGCUGUGUGGCGUUGCUUGGCGUCUCGCUCCUCACGGAAAUGCACAAUUUUGAGGAUGAGUUAACAUGUCCCAUUUGUUACAGUAUUUUUGAGGAUCCUCGUGUACUACCAUGCUCUCAUACAUUUUGUAGAAAUUGUUUGGAAAACGUUCUUCAGGCAUCUGGCAACUUUUAUAUAUGGAGACCUUUACGAAUUCCACUCAAGUGCCCGAGCUGCAGGAGUAUUAUUGAAAUUGCGUCAACUGGUAUUGAAUCUUUGCCUGUUAAUUUUGCAUUAAAGGCUAUUAUUGAAAAGUACCAGCAAGAGGACCAUCCAGAUAUUGUCACCUGCCCUGAACACUACAGGCAGCCAUUAAAUGUUUAUUGUCUACUAGAUAAAAAACUAGUUUGUGGUCAUUGCCUCACCAUAGGUCAACAUCAUGGUCAUCCUAUAGAUGAUCUUGAAAGUGCCUAUUUGAAAGAAAAGGACACGCCUCAAAAACUGCUCCUACAGUUAACUGACACACACUGGACAGAUGUUACUCGUCUUAUUGAAAAGCUAGAAGAACAAAAAUUGCAUUCUGAGAGAAUGGUCCAAGGUGAUAAGGAAAUUGUUCUACAGUAUUUUAAGGAGCUUAGUGAUACAUUAGAACAGAAAAAAAAUUUUUUCCUAACUGCUCUCUGUGAUGUUGGAAAUCUGAUUAGUCAAGAAUACACUCCACAAAUUGAAAGAAUGAAAGAAAUAAGAGCGCAGCAGCUUGAAUUAAUGACACUUACAACAUCUUUGCAAAAAGAGCCUCCACUUAAAUUUCUUGAAAAAGUUGAUGAUGUCCGUCGGCGCGUGCAGAUUCUGAAACAAAGACCACUUCCUGAAGUUCAACCUGUUGAAAUUUAUCCUCGAGUAAGCCAAGUACUGAAAGAAGAAUGGUGCAGAACAGAAAUUGGACAAAUUAAGGAAGUCCUCAUUCCUGAGAUGAAAAUUUCUUCAAGAAGGAUGCCAUUGUCCUGGCCUGAUAAGGAUGAAAAAGUUGAAUUUUUAAAAAUUUUAAACAUCGUUACAGUUACUCUAAUUUCAGUCACACUGAUGUUGGUACUCUUUUUUAACCAACACAUAAUCACCUUUUUAAAUGAAGUCACAUCAGUAUGUUUCUCCAAAGUGUCUCUGUUUGUUUAUCAAAGUUUUUCCAACAAUCUGUAUGAUUUAAAGGAUAGACUAUGUCACACUCUAUAUUUGCUGAAGGAAUUUAUGUGGAAAAUAAUUUCUCGUUGAAAAUUCAAAUCUGUUGCUUAAAUAGGCUUGUUUUGUACUGCAGAGACGAAAUGGAGAAAUAGGGAUAGCAUGGAUAAACUAACAGGCUAAAUUUUAGAGUUGCAACAAAUACAUAGAAAUAUUUGUUACACCUUUCAUACUUCCGUAGGCUAGAAAUGAUGUGUGAAAAAAACAAGACACAGAGUGGCCAAAACAUGAUUCAGAUCAUUAGAAAAUGAGAAUAAAAUCUAGUAUUUACAUGAUUUUUAAUUAAAAAUACAUGAUCCCACUUUUGACUUGAUAUAAGUUGACUUAAUAUUGCACUGUGACAUUUAAACAUCCCUGCCAGUGUUAUUUUACCAUAAUUACAUACUGCACUGGUUGGCUUUGCACUUACGUAUAUAUGUAGCUUUUAGAUUAAAAAAUGUUAAAAUCCUAAAAGUGUGUAUGCCUUUGUGUACUUUUUGAAUGGUGAGUAAAGGUGGUGAGGUUUUUAAAGUCAAGCAGUGCAGUAUAAAAUGAUAAGGGAUUACUUAGAUUUUUCUAUUCGAUUAAACAUUUCCUGAGUCACAUAUCUAAUGUAUUUUAAAUUAAGAGCCCUAAAAUGUUUAUAAACAUUCAUUCCAAACAAAGCUAUUGGUUUUGGGUUAAUCUAGUAAGAGGGAACAGUGACGUUUUCUAGUGACUGUCAUAUCCUAUGAUUUGUUGUACAUAGGGUCACUGUGAGCCAGAACCGACUUGACAGCACCUAGCAAUGACUUGUUGUGAAUUGAAGAUUGUAUUUGAUCUUGUGUAGUGUUUUACUUUUGCCACUAGUUAAAUCAGUUAUUGGGUGAAAAUUCUAAAAUGUUACUUCAAUUACUUGAACAGAAUGGAAUUGGUAAUAUUCCAUUUUCACGAUUUUGAUGGCAUCUUGUGAACUUUGCCUUAAAAAUUGUCUUUAACUUUUUAUCUCCUAAACAUUCCCUUAUGCUGAUACCAGAGUGCCAACAGUUUUAUCUAGUUUCCUUGAAUUUUGCUUAGAGAGCCUACCUAUAUUGUCAGAUCCCUUUAAUACAGUCAUCUUAACAGUGACUGCAACUGUGAUGCUUGUGGUAGGACUUUUUGGUCUGUUGUACCUGCAUCCUUUAGUGCCAACUGUCGCUUUCCAACUUCCAAAACAGACUUGCUGCUCUCAGACUACACUUCUAUUGAGUCUUACCUCAUUCAGAGACUUUCCAGGUCAGGUUAGGCAAUGUUUCUGGCCCUACAGAUUACAUGUGUGUUAUAAAUGAAUAAAUAUGGCUAUAGUAGGGACAUUACUUGUAAAACACUCCUGAGGGCUCAUCUGAGAAAAAGUCUUAAGAGGUUUGAUUUAAGCUGGCCAUAUUUGUGACAUCAGAAUAUGCCUAGCACAGUUAGUUACUGUGGGGGCAAAGAGCACUCGAAGGGUGUCACGUGGUGGUAUCUGUUCAGCUACUUGGAAAUGUAAAUAUUAACUUUAGACCUAAGUUGCACUGAUCUUAGAAAAAUAUUAGUCUUACCACAAAAGUGGAAACCGUGGUGGUGGUAUGGUUAAGAGCUACGGCUGCCAACUGAAAGGUCGGCAGUUUGAAUCCACCAGGCGCUCCUUGGAAACCAUGUGAGGCUGUUAAAACUCUGUCCUAUAGGGUUGCUAUGUGUCAGAAUCAACUUGAUGGCAAUGGGUUUUGUUCUUUUGGUUUACCACAAAAGUGCUGUGUAUUUGUAAAUACAUAUAAAUAUUAGUAAGCAUUGAAAUGUUAGUCUUAUACAUCAAGCUCUUAAUUGCAUAGCUCUCACAUGAGUAUAGAUGAGGCAACAGGCACAGGAGUAACUUGCCCAAGGCUAUACAGCUACUAUGUAGAAGAACCAGAAUUUAAAACCAUACAUUUGCUUCAGAGUUUGUGCUGGCUUUAAAGGAUUCGAGUAGGCCAGGAUUAAUUUUAUUAGUUUUCAGUCUGCUUUUAAGAAUUACUUGUAGCUAAGUACUGAAGUGGAAACCCUGGUGGCAUAGUGGUUAAGUGCCACAGCUGCUAACCGAAGAGCUUGGCCGUUCACAUCCGCCAGGUGCUCCUUGGAAACUCAAUGGGGCAGUUCUACUCUGUCCUAUAGGGUCGCUAUGAGUCGACUCGACAGCAGUGGGUUGGUUGGAAGUACUGAAGGAACGUAUAAUGCCUGUUAACUUUUAGGCUUGAUACUGUUUUGUAACUUGCUAGGUUUUAGCAGAUAAAGCUAUUUUUUGAUGAAUUUUAUGACGUGUGCAUGAAUAUAGUUAAGUACCAAGUAACUAAUUAUACAUGCUGCUGUUUUGUAUUUUUACCAGGAGGAUGAGAUUACAUAACUUAGUCUUGCACUAUUUCUAGGUUUUAUGUAUAACGAAAGUACAUAUUUUAAUAAACUCAUUUUGGUAUUUCA